AUGUCAAAAGUUUUGUACCGGGCCAUUUUGCAUGGUCCCAUGAGCUGGAAGGCAUCUCAUCGUAAUUUCGAGAGUCUUGAUACUGCACCUUAUCUUGUGAUUUUUGAACCAACCAGCUCAGUGGUGAUGCUUUCACAAGGAACCAUUUUGAUACCCCAACUUUCCUUACUUACAAACAGGUUGAAAUCACAAAUCCUAUCGGUCUUUGUAUUCGGUGAUUCCUCCACUGCGAAACAACUAGCAUCUGAACUCUACAACUUCAUCGAUAAGAAUUUGUCAGUAUUUGACAUUUACAAAAGUGAAUGGGUUCUAAAACUUCUGGCUAAAUCUUUGGCCUCCUUUCACCUCCCCCUUGAAAUCGUAUUAAAGAGAGUUGAGUGUUCACAAAAGAACAAAAUUAGCAACCCAAAUCCUACUUCUUAUAUUAAUUCUUACAAUAGGUUCAAGAAUAACACUAGUAAUAUUGGACUCCAAGGUGUAAGAAGCGUUUCUAGGUUUCCUUUGGAUUGUGACGGAAAUAGCCAUAACACUCCUAUUAAUUCGCACCUAUAUUACUUAUUUAACAACCAUACAAAUGUUCAUAAAUCAGUUUUUAACACCGGAGAAUUGGGCAACACACAAGAAGGUAGAUUAGUGGGAAACAAGUAUGCUGAGGAACCUAGAAGUGUUAGGAACUUAAAUGAUCGUCUUGAUUCCUACAGUCUUAGGAUAGGCUUAGAAGAGGGAUUCAAUGUGAUCAACACCUCAACUGAUUUAAUUCAAAAGCUGUUCCAAGCUGUCGAGAGGAAAGGGCCCAAAAUAAACAGGCUUUCCUUAAACUUCUAUAAAAUUCUUAGACCAGAACAAAAACUUGAGCCCAACGUAAAUAAUUCCCCGUUAAAGGAGAAACUCUUUGCUAAUACUGCCAAAGAACGGCUUAAUAGAGAGACUAAAAAGUUAGUUCCACCUAUGAAUACUGUUUCACCCUCUGAAUUCCCUCCCAACCGUAUUAUAUCACCCAUUAGAUACAUUGAACCGCCUGUUAGAUAUCCUAGAUCAUCUAUUAAAUGUGUUGAUGGAGGUAUUAAUCAGGUUAAUUAUAGCUCAAUCGCAUAUAAAUAUGCAUCAAAUCUGAGAAUAAACGAGGGGGUCUGUAUUCCAGGUCAGGUUUGUUCACCACUUUCAGCAAGUUUAAACCUAUUGGAUAACCAACCUAAUUUAUCGCCAAUGAAAAGGAUUAAUGACGCUGAAAUUGACAAAUUGGUACAAAAAGAAGUUAAAGAAAAAGAAUCUGAGCUCCCAAGUUUAACAAAUAUUUUAGGUUCUCUUACCAACGUGAUUAAUAAGAACACAGAAGCAAUUAGUUUACCCAGUUCUUCAGAUAUGGUCUCUGGGGACAAAGUUCCGCCCUCUAUUUCAUUAAAUGGUCAACCAAAUAAGGGAGAUGGUCCUUUAGUCAACAGUAACCAGCUUUCCAAUCCACUUCCAAACUUAUUUUCAGAGGAUAGAAAUUCUCCUGUUAAGGAUAAUAUGACUAAAACCCAAAAAAACAAAUUAAUGGCAAACAAAAGUUUCGGGAGCAUGUCAACAAACGAUCUUUUGAGUUUUGAUUCUCAAGCUUCAAUUAAUAAUCCAAACAAUUUUUCAAAUUUUGAAAAUGAGAAUUUUGGUUCUAUUACUGAUUCAGUCUCUGAUAGCCAAUUACUAGAAUUUAAUGAUAAAUUUACAGAUGUCAAACUUGAUGAUUUACAACUUAAGCCCUUCAAUAAAACCAAGGAAUCAUUAUUAGGUCUUGAUAAAGCCCUUUUCAAUAAUUCUUCUUAUCCAUUUUCUGUUAAUCGCUCUGGUGACCUAUCCCUUGAUAACGUAAAAUUAAAUAAAGAAAAUUUAACAGGUGUGACCGAUGUAGUUCAACCCGCAGAACUGGUUGACAGUGAUGCAGAUGGUUUUGUUGAAGAAUACGCAGAAGCUUUAGAAAGAGCUUCAGAAUCCUUUAUUAAAACACCUAACAAGGAAUUUGACUCUGUUAACACAGUUGAAAAUAACACCAACCUAGUUAAGGAAAUCGAGGAUUGUAAAAACGAAGUAGUCGAAGACGUUGAAGAUAGGUUGAGUGAAUCAGUUCCAGAAACUGAUAAUUUAAGUGAUUUUUCAGAAAAUUCCUCUAGUUUUUUUAAUGAUGAACUUUUAUGUAACAAUCAUGUACUAGCCAAUAAGAUGUUACAAAAAUGUUGGUAUGGAGCUAAAAGGCCAACUAAAGAGGACUCAAAGGAAAUUAAAAUGACCGAAGAAAAGGAUCAAGAAUCUUCAACCUCUAGCAUCCCAUCUGAAAGACCCGAAUUAAACAAUUUGUUGAACGAUUUUAACGAGUUAAUCAAUAAGAAUGAUUUUUUAUACGAAGAGAUUGCAAAAUACAAGAGUAAAAUAUCAAAGUUGAGGCAACAAAUAAAAAACUUGAAAUCUAACCAUAAGUAUGAGUUGGAAGAUGUAAUAAAUAACAAUUUCUUGUCUGAAGAUAAGCUUAGAUCAACUAUAAAUGAAAACAACACGACUAUAAAAAUGAUGGAACAAGAAAGAAUAAAGCUAAAUGAGACUCUAGAACAACAUAAAAUGGUAAUCAAGCGUCUGGGUCGUGAGAAAGUUGAAGCAGUACAACAAUUUUCAAAGCUAGAAGAUGAAUAUAACAAGCUUCAAAUUUCUAAGGAAACUGAAAAGACUGAGAAAACCAAUUAUAAUAAGCUCAAGGCUCAAACUGAAGAACUCAGGUCUGAAAACGAAGUUCUAUCCAACAACGUCAGAUCAUUAAAUGAAAAACUACAUAUUAUAGAGCUAGACCAUCAAACAAACUUAGAAAUGGUUGCAGAGUUAAGAGAAUCCAAUGUUAAAUUAACCAGUGAGAAUAAGGCAUUGUCCUCAAAUGAGCAUCAGCUAUCAAAUGAAAUUAAAAUGCUAAGGACCAAAGAACAUCAACUAACCGCCGAGAACAAAUUAUUAAGAACGAAGGAAUUACAAUUAUUAGGGGAAGUUAAACUAUUAAGGACCAAUGACGUGAGACUAAAUGAGGAACUGAGGCAAACUAAAUUGUUGUUAUCAGAUUAUGAGAAUAAAACUGAAAAACUAGAGUCUAAGAUGUCAAUAUUGGAAAACAACAAUACGGUGCUGUUAAAAAAUUUGGAGACCACUAAGACUGAGCUUGUACAUUUCAAAACUUCAUUUGAGACUUCAAGGGUUGAGAAACUCAAACUUGAAUCAAAAUACCAGCAACUUCAAUCCAGCGUUGAAAGGGUCGAGAGCAUUAAUCAUUCUUUGCGAAACGAACUCUUAGGUGUCAAAAAAGUUCUAGAAGACAAAACUAAAGAUAAUAUCAAUUUAACUUCACGUUUGAGUGACAAAGACAAGGAGGUUAACAAUAUUAAGAAGGAUAGAAUUGAUAUAAAAAACAGUUAUGAGACUCUUUUAAGAGACUACAAUUAUCUAAGAACUUCAUACGAGGCAGUUGAAAUCUCACUAAAGAAAUUUAAAAACUUUGAUGAGGGCCUUAGACGUGAAUACCAGAUCAAAUCAGACGAGAAUGAAGAGCUAUUACGCCAAUUACAGGCCUUCAAAUACUGUGUUGACAAGUUCAAGGCAGAUAAUGACCUUAGGGAAGCCAAACUUCAGGAAUUGCAUUCAAAGGCAGUUGCAAGACUAUUCUGGGUCCUUUACUCCUACAAUAAACUAAGGAAAGAAUUAGCUAUUAAUAAGGUAAAGGUUACUCUUAUGGCUCACAAAAAUAAUUCUGUUCUAGUAAGGACUCUUAUUAGAUCGAUACUGCUGUCGAAAGCAAAACUUGCCAAACGAAACUGUCAAUUACUAAGAGUCAUUCAUGCUCUACAAAUGACCGGCCCUACUACUUGUUCCAUGAUCAUUUCCAAAAUCAACACACUUGUUGCUUCCACUUCAGACAACUCACUUUCCGAAGAGAAUGUGUCAAAAUUAAAGGACUCAUUUAUGAAGCAUUCGUUGGAAAAGGACCAGAUGAUAAAGGUUCUUCAGACAAAACUGGUUUCACUGGAUCAAUUGAAAGAGAACCAAGAUUUUCUACUGCAGGAAAAUCGCAACCUAAGUGAUCAGAUAAUGAUGGAACGAAACAACUCUCAGAGGAUCCAACAAGCUCUUAAUGAACAGAUUGAGAGAGAAAGGUUCACCUUCGAGUCAGAGUCCAAAUCACUUUAUAACAGACAGUACCAGCUACUAAGGGAAAAUGACCAGUUAUCUAGGGAAAUUUCCAGCCUGAAAGAGUCCCUAAAUGCACUACUUAAUUCUGACAAUUCUCUACAAAACGAUUUUCUCAGUUAUAAUCAUAAUCUCAACAAUGACGAUCACAAUGAAAACAGAGAAACGGGUCUUAUAGAGACUAAAUAUGAGCGACUACUAUCGAUUUAUAAUUCAUCAUCACAAAGUUUGGGAACUAAGGUACACUCACCUGAAACGUAUAAGAAUCACCCUGAAUUCGAUUUUUCACUCAGAGCAAACAUCAAUUAUCCGAGAAUGAUUUAUCAUCAAACUUAA